CCCCCACCGGUCUCUCUCUGUCUCUCCUCCUCCCUCCUCCUGCUUCGGGCGGAGCCCGGCAUGGGGGGGCCGGCGCCCGGCAGGCCAGUGGAUCCGGGACCCAGGGAGGGUCGCCCCCCGGGCCUGGUGGCGCUGAGCAGGAAUCCCCAGCACCUGCCUCCUGCCCCACGACAUGAACCUCCUCUACCGAAAAACCAAGCUGGAGUGGAGGCAGCACAAGGAAGAGGAGGCCAAGAGGAGCUCCAGUAAGGAGGGGGCUCCCGCAGGCUCCGCGGGGCCCGGGGCCGGCCCAGGGCCGGGGGUCCGCGUGCGGGACGUUGCCUCGCUGCGCCGCUCGCUCAGGAUGGGCUUCAUGACGAUGCCCGCCUCCCAAGAGCACACCCCCCACCCCUGCCGCAGCGCCAUGGCCCCACGCUCCCUCUCCUGCCACUCGGUGGGCAGCAUGGACAGCGUGGGGGGCGGGCCUGGGGGGGGCGGGGGGGGCCUCACAGAGGACGGCAGCACCCGAAGACCCCCGGCCAAGCCCCGGAGACACCCCAGCACCAAGCUCAGCAUGGCAGGGCCGGGGGCAGAGACGCCCCCCAGCAAGAAAGCAGGCUCACAGAAGCCAACCCCGGAGGGCCGCGAGUCCAGCCGGAAGGUUCCUCCACAGAAGCCCAGGCGAAGUCCCAACACCCAGCUCUCUGUCUCCUUUGAUGAGUCCUGUCCCCCAGCCGCCUCUCCUCGAGGGGGGAACCCGCCCCUUCAGCGCCUCAGUAGGGGGUCCUGUGUAGCUGGGGACCCUGAGGUGGGUGCCCAGGAAGAAGAGCCGGUGUACAUCGAGAUGGUGGGGGAUGUCUUCAGGGGAGGAGGGCGGAGUGGAGGGGGACUGACUGGGCCCCCUCUUGGGGGUGGGGGGGGGCCGACCCCAACGGCUGGCGCUGACUCGGACUCAGAAGAGAGCGAGGCCAUAUACGAGGAGAUGAAGUACCCGCUGCCCGAGGAGGCCGGGGAAGGCCGCGCCAAUGGGGCCCCUCCGUUGACGGCAAGCUCCACACCGCACCAGCCUCACGCCCUUCAGCUCCACACCCAGCGCCGUCCAGCUUCAGCCCUCCCGAGCCGGAGGGAGGGGACGCCCACCAAGACCACUCCUUGUGAAAUCCCGCCGCCCUUCCCCAACCUCCUCCAGCACCGUCCUCCACUCCUGGCCUUCCCCCAGGCCAAGCCUGCUUCCCGAGCCCCUGGCGAUGGGGUCUCGAGGCUACCGGUCCUCUGCCACUCCAAGGAGCCAGCCGGCUCCACCCCAGCUCCCCAAGUGCCUGCCCGGGAGCGGGAGACGCCUCCCCCACCGCCUCCGCCUCCCGCUGCCAACCUGCUGCUGCUGGGACCCUCGGGCCGAGCCCGGAGCCACUCGACACCGUUGCCGCCCCAGGGCUCUGGCCAGCCCCGGGGGGAGAGGGAGCUCCCCAAUUCCCACAGCAUGAUCUGCCCCAAGGCGGCAGGGGUGCCGGCAGCCCCUCCUGCCCCGGCUGCCUUGCUCCCCGGCCCCCCCAAGGACAAGGCCGUGUCUUACACCAUGGUGUACUCAGCAGUCAAGGUGACCACGCACUCCGUCCUGCCCACCGGUCCGCCCCUGGGUGCUGGGGAGCCAAAGACGGAGAAGGAGAUCUCAGUCCUCCACGGGAUGCUGUGCACCCGCUCGAGGCCCCCCGUGCCUGGGAAGUCCAGCCCCCAUGGCGGGGCUAUGGGCGCAGCAGCUGGGGUGAUCCACCACCGCGCCUGCCUGGCCUCCCCACACAGCCUUCCGGACCCAACUGCAGGCCCCCUGACCCCGCUGUGGACCUACCCAGCUGCGGCAGCUGGGCUCAAGAGACCCCCUGCCUAUGAGAGCCUCAAGGCUGGGGGGGUGCUGAAUAAGGGCUGUGGAAUGGGGGCUCCAUCCCCCGUGGUCAAGAUCCAGCUGCAGGAGCAAGGGACCGACGGGGGGGCCUUUGCCAGCCUCUCCUGUGCCCACGUCAUCGCCAGCGCGGGGACACCAGAGGAGGAAGAAGAGGAGAUGGGCGCCUCGACGUUUGGGGCAGGCUGGGCUCUGCAGAGGAAGGUCCUGUAUGGCGGGAGGAAGGCGAAAGAGCUGGACAAGGUCGAGGACAGUGUCCAGGCCUGGAAUGGCAGUGCCGAGGGUCCAGGCAAGGUGGAGCGUGAGGACAGAGGCUCUAUGGCAUCAGGGAUCCCAGUGAGGGGCCAGGGAGCAGAGGGUCUGCUGGCCAGGAUCCACCACGGAGGGGACCGAGGAGGAAGCCGCCCCGCGCUGCCCAUACCCUGCCAGACCUUCCCCGCCUGCCACCGCAACGGAGACUUCACGGGAGGCUACCGCCUGGGGCGCUCCGCCUCCACCUCAGGAGUCCGGCAGGCCGCGCUCCACACCCCUCGGCCCUGCAGCCAGCCCAGGGAUGCCCCGAGCCAGACCCAGCCUGCGCUCCCGCUGCCGCUGCCGCUGCCCCUGCCGCCCCAGGCCGCCCGCGAGCGCGACGGCAAGCUGCUGGAGGUGAUCGAGCGCAAGCGCUGCGUGUGCAAGGAGAUCAAGGCGCGCCACCGGCCCGACCGCGGCCUCUGCAAGCAGGAGAGCAUGCCCAUCCUCCCCAGCUGGCGGCGCGGGCCUGAGCCCCGCAAGUCCGGCACCCCGCCCUGCCGCCGGCAGCACACAGUCCUCUGGGACACCGCCAUCUGAGGAGGCCGGGGCGCCGGAACCGGGGAGCGGGGCGGGGGAGACCGGCCUCGAAAGAGGGACGCUUGAAGGACCAGGUGAGAGAGAGCCGGGGAGAACCCCUGCCCUCCACCCUAGCCCCCGAGACGGGGAAUCGGCCGGGCCCAUCGGGUUGGGGGCGCCAAGCAGCACCCCCAGAAACUUGGGGGAGGGUUGGCUUGAGGUUGGGAGUGAGGCCCUCCGCCGCCCUUCCCACUGAGCCAAGCAGACCCCUCCUCUUGAGAGGGCGAAGGCCAAGGCCAGGUCAGCAUGGGG